AAGCAGUACAGUAUAAGCAAAUGUAUUUGGGUACUAAGAUUGAUCAAGAGAAGAGACUUGAUAACCCUAAAUCAUAUCGGUAUGCUGUUAAGCUUGGGGAUAAGCUUCCUGAACAUGUUGAUUGGAGAGAAAAAGGUGACGUGGUUGAUGUCAAAAAUCAAGGAAGUUGUGGUAGUUGCUGGGCUUUUUCGAUUGCUGCGGUGGAAGGUGUUAACAAAAUUGCUACCGGAGAAUUGAUCUCACUCUCCGAACAAGAGUUGGUGGACUGUGAUACAUCUUACAACCAGGGAUGUAAUGGAGGUCUCAUGGAUUAUGGGUUCCAGUUCAUCAUUAAGAAUGGUGGAAUCGAUACCGAAGAUGAUUACCCUUACAAGGCUAAAGAUAACAAAUGUGAUGUCAACAGGAAAAACUCCCAUGUAGUGACUAUUGAUGGGUUCGAGGAUGUGCCCGUAAAUGAUGAGAAGGCUUUGCAGAAAGCGGUGGCAAACCAGGUUGUCAGUGUUGCCAUUGAAGCUGGUGGCCGAGCUUUCCAACUCUACAAAUCGGGCGUAUACACUGGAAGAUGUGGAACAGCUUUGAUCAUUGAUUAA